AUGGAAGGUGUGACAGCAAACAACAACAACAGUGCUGCUGCCGGGGAGGCUGUGGCUUCACAGACUCAAGUAGCCUCCCCAUCGUCACGCAGCGACUCCAACAGCACAGGCACAAAGAGGCGGCGGUCAGUCGAUGGCAACCAGGAAGACGAAACCAGGAAUGGUGAUGGCGAUAAUGAUGAUGGCUGGGAAAAGGUUGAACGUCGCCCGACUAAGAAAUCGAAGAAAACGCCCAGACCUGACGGGUCCAGCUACCCAGCCAUCACCUUCUCGACGUCUGCCAGGCUACAGUCCAAGAUCGACAUAGCCCAGCUGCGAAACUUGAUCCUCUACAUCAUGGCUGACGGCACAGCUCCGCAAUGGGUUUCCGUCAGGCAUCGACCCCAUUUCAGGAAGAUCGUCACUGUUCUCGUGCCAGGUCUCGAGGAGUUGAUGUUCAAACACAAUAUCGACUACGCGACCUACAACCGUGCCGAUGGCAAGAAUCGCGGCCAAGCGGCCGACCGUUUCCUCACCUCUCCUGAUGACUACUACCCACGUCCCCUCAGCCAGGAUCGUCUGCCAAAGGCUCUGCGGCCGUUUGCAGAGAUGUUUUCCCAUCUCUGGCCCUGCAGAGCCACUGGCGACGACAAGCAAGGGCGCAUGCACUCGCCCAUCUCUACCUUUCUGACAGCUCCUGUACCCAAGUCUGCCGAGGAUAAGAAGAAGAAGGGCCCCAAGCCCGUCAAGGAUCCUCAGGGCUGGACCAACGUUCGAACUCGUAUUACCGAUUUCAUCCUGACGCCUGAGCAGUACAUCGAGAAUGGCUUCUCUGUUCACCCAAGCUUGCUGAAACCCGGACAGACCCUCAACGCCUCCACGAGCGAGAUCGAGUGGGUACACACAGAGGUGAGCAGUCUCCAGGACGGCGAGGUUCCUGAGUCAGAGAUACAGCAGGGCAGCAUCACUGCAGGUCGCGAGGUGCUUGCCAUCGACUGCGAGAUGUGCAUGACAGGAGAGAAGGAGUUCUCUCUCACGAGGAUUAGCGUCGUCUCGUGGGACGGGAGUGUCGUUAUGGACGAGUUGGUCAAGCCGGACAAACCAAUCACAGAUUAUGUGACGCGGUUCUCAGGCAUCACCAAGGAGAUGCUUGAUCCUGUGACCACGACCCUACAGGAUAUUCAGCAGCGCCUCCUCAAGCUCAUCACUCCACAGACCCUCCUCUUGGGCCAUUCCCUCGACUCCGACAUGAAAGCCCUGAGGAUGACACACCCUUUUAUCGUUGACACCUCCGUUCUUUUCCCCCAUCCAAAGGGUCCCCCCUUCAAGCACUCCCUCAAAUGGCUCGCACAAAAAUUCCUCGGCCGGGAUGUCCAGAAGGGCGAUGGCACCCUCCAAGGCCACGACAGCAUUGAGGACGCCAGGACCUGCCUCGAUCUGGUCAAGAAGAAGUGCGAAAAGGGCAAGGCCUGGGGCGCUGGCGAGUCCACGGGGGAGAACCUCUUCAAGCGCCUGGGCCGCGCCGGUACUGCCUACCGCGCACAGGCUGGGCCCGAAGCCACGGGCGGCCUGUCGGUCGGCAAAUCUUCCGCAGCCGUGGAUUGGGGCGAUGCCCAGCGCAGUGUCUGUAACCUGGCCGAUGUGGUGCUUGGCGGGUGCACCAGCGAUGCGGACGUCGAGGCGGGUGUGCUUCGCGCGGUGCGUGGAGACCCAGACGGGGCAGUCGUGAAGGGUGGAGGGGCCGACUUCGUCUGGGCGCGAAUGCGUGAGCUGGAGGCCCUCCAGGGAUGGUGGAAUCGUAAUAGGAAAGAUGCCUCCGGGGAGGAUGCCGGCCCGCCUAAAGAGCUUGAAGAGCUCCACGCCGCGACGACGCGCACCAACCCUUUUGCCGCCAACCCGGGGACAGACGUGUUCAGCAAUGCCGUGGUGGACCUCAAAAACUUCACGACGGCGACAGCACUACAGGACAGCGACCAGGAUGCGGGCGCACCCCACGCCGAGCCAGGCGCCUCGCCGCUGGAGCAGUGCCUGACGGACGUGGCAAAUCGCCUGAAGCGCAUCUACGACGCCCUGCCGCCCUGCACGGCGUUCAUCGUCUUCAGCGGCAGCGGGGAUCCGCGGGAGAUGAGCCGGCUGCAGAGCAUGCAGUCACAGUGGAAGAAAGAGUACAAUACGCCUGGCAUGAAGUGGGACCAGCUGAGCGUCAAGUGGACGGAUCGCGAGGAGCAGGAGCUCAGGAGAGCCGCGCGCCAGGCUCGUGAGGGCAUCGCGUUUAUUGGCGUCAAGUAG